UUAGACAUUUGUGUGUGUCACUUGUACACCAAAUGCCUUAGUUUUUGCCUAUGCAGUACUUUAGAUUAAUCUUCUUAAUGUCUGAAAGGCAUGGUCAGCGGUUUGCCUUCUGGACUGAUGAGGCCAGAAGCUUGGUCCAAGGAACUCUUCAGCCUGUCUACAGAGUCCCAAGACAGAGUGCUGUCUCUGAGAAGGUCCCAGUCCACAUUGAGUCUGUGGAUGACCGCACCACAGAAGAAAAGAGACUGGUGGACUUUAUAGUAAAGUUACAGGGAUCUGAGGAGCAUUUGGUGGGUGUACUCAACGGGAAGCCCUCUGAGUGGUUACAUAAGGUAACCUCUUCCCGGGUGCCUGUCUACCUCGACAGUGAGGAACAGCAGGACAUCUUGUUUGCUUAUCUGAGAGGAGUGCUGGAUAGAACACCAACAGAAAUGAGCUUCACAGAUGAAGUGCAGUUCAUCUGUGAUGUUCUUUUUCCGGAGGCCAUCAUAUAUGCCCUGGCUGCCCUCCGGAAUUUGUCCUUGCAGGAGGCUGAGCAGGUCUUCCUUUCUGGUCCAUAUUAUCAUUUCAGACACGUGCUGCAUGAGAACAAUUCUGUGGUGGGUUUCACCAUUAAGGAUUAA